ACAGGAUAUUGAACAUUGCUUUUCUGCUCGACUCUUUCUUUUUUCGAAAUCGAACGAUUCAUUGUUGACAGUCAAUUCGGUUCCGUAUCUGUGUGUAUGCAGGCACAUUUAGGGUUACAAGCUUAUAUACUCCGUGAAUGUUUGCCGCUAGAAUUUAGCUCCAAAGCAAGACGGAUGCAUGGGAAUUUAUGCUUAGAGGAGACACAACUGACAGCUCUCAGCAAAAAUCAAAGAGAGCAUGAAAUGAUAUAAAACCCCUCUUCGGAGGUCGGGCCUGUUCUUUCCUCUUUAUCUCAAACCCCAUCCCUUUUCUCGCUUGCAAGAUGAAGUCCCUUAUCUUCUCUUUGAUCGCCAUCAUUCUCAUCUCCGCAACAGUGAAUGCCAACCCCUCCAAACGACAAGGUACAAAAGUGUAUUGCACACCCUCACAAUCAUGUUGGCCAACACAAAGUGAUUGGGCAAGUUUCAAUUCAAGUAUUAACGGUAAUCUUAUCAAAGUAACACCUUGGCAAAGUCCAUGUUACGUUGAACCAAACGGUUAUCAACAACCUGCAUGUCAAUCUGUUCGAUUGAAUUAUUUCAACGGUGAAAUACGUUCAGAUCAAAUUGGAGCAACUCAAUUAGAUAAUUGGUCACGUUGCGUUACCAAUGCAGGCUUGGUAGGACAAUGUGAAUUGACUGCUUCUACAACCGGACAAAUCAAUCCUCUCCCGGUCACCGGACAAACUUGUCAAUUAGGCAGACUUUCUCCUUAUGGUGUUAACGUUCAAACCAAUCAAGAUGCCGUUCAAGCUUUGCAAUUUGCCCAAAAAUUCAAUAUUAAAGUAGUCAUCAAGAAUACAGGACAUGAAUAUUUGGGUAGAAGUACCGCUUUGGAUUCAUUGAUGAUUUGGACGCAUAACCUUCAAUCAACAUCAUUCCAACCAAAUUGGCAAGGAUCAGGAAAAGAUGCAUUGGCUUUGGGAGCAGGUGUGAGUGCUGAUCAAGCUUACACUGCUGCCGGAAAUGCAGGUCGUUCUAUCACUUUGGGCGCAUACAGUAGUGUAGGCGUGGCAGGUGGAUAUGCCAUGGGAGGUGGACAUGGACCUUUAGGCCCUAAAUAUGGUCUUGCGGUUGACAACAUUUUGCAAUACACAAUCGUAACUGCUGACGGUCAAAUUCGAAAUGCAAAUGCAAACUCUAACCAGGAUCUUUACUAUGCCUUGAGAGGAGGAGGCGGCGGUACAUGGGGAGUGGUAACAGAAGUGAUCUAUCAGGUGCAUCCAUCGACACCGAUGAUCUCUGUGGUAUACAAUGUGACGUUGAGCCCACUAUUACUCGCUGCUCCUGAAGCACAACAACAGGCUGCCUAUGCAGAACUCGUUAGCAAGAUGGCAGAGUAUCAAUUGAACUGGACUUUGACUGGCUGGUCGGGAUACACUUUCCUCUCUACACCCGGUUCAACGUUUGCACAAUUUUUGCCAAGCGAUGAUCUUGUUGCGGCUAAGAACAGUAUGGCAGGUAUGGUGGAAUAUUUCGCCACGAGUAAAAACUUUGUUUCCGUUCCAGUUGUACCGUUUGUGCUCUUACCAAAUUUCGAAACGUGGAGAGCAACCAUUUUGAACACUGGAGCGGGUAACACACCGGUUGCUUAUAGUGAACGACUUGCCUCACGUUUGAUUCCUUAUACUGCCAUGAAUACCACGUCUGAACAACAAGAAUUAGGAAAUGUUGUAGCGCAAGCAAUGUUUUCAAACAAGGCAGGUAAUUUAGGAUCACAAAAUUCAGCAAGGGUUCAAAGUCCAUUACAAAUUUAUUCUACCUCCGGACCUCCAGCUGCUUUUGGCGGUCCUUCAGGUAAUUCGACAGGAGUGAAUACUGCUUGGCGUUCAUCUUUGUGGGAAGUUGUGAUAGCAUCAGCAUGGACGAAUGAAUUAAGUCAAUCGAACAGAAAUUUGUUGGCACAACAAACUAGUCAAGCAGCAAACGGAUUAAGAAAGUAUGGUACGGGAACUUACUUUAGCGAAUCAGAUGUUUUGGAACCAAAUUGGCAAGAAGCCUUCUUUGGGGGUAAUUAUGAAAAACUCGUUCAAAUUAAACAAAAGUAUGACCCUAAUAAUGUCUUUGUUGUAUGGAAAGGAAUCGGUUACCAAGGUCAAGAAUCGCAAGCGGCGUUUGCAUGUUAUCAACAGGCUUGAUAUUGGUUUUAAAAACACCCCUCAUACUGCCGCGGCAGAGAAUGUUUCCGCCAUUUACCGAAAUGAUAUAUAGUCAGCUGACCUGAAAAUAUCGAUUUCUAGAAUUUAAUUAUUGGUAUUCGAGACAUGAGAAACAAGAUUAUACCGGAUGCG